CCGAGACUGGCACCCAUUGCCAAGCCCCUGGCAGACGAAAAGCUGACCAAGAAGGUGCUGAAACUAGCAAAGAAGGCAGCCAAGCGGAAGCAGAUCAAGCGGGGGGUUAAGGAGGUGAUCAAGGCCAUCCGCAAGCAGGUCAAGGGCAUUUGCCUGAUUGCGGGCGACAUUUCCCCCAUCGAUGUCAUCACGCCGCUGCCAGUGAUGUGCGAGGACCGUGACCUACCAUACAUCUACGUCCCCUCCAAGGAGGAGCUGGGCCAGGCGGGGCUGACCAAGCGCCCCACCAGCUGCAUGCUCAUCCUCCCCAAGGCACUCAAGGGCGAGGCGGCCAAAGAUGAGGAGGCCAAGGAGUUUGCGGAGUUGUAUGCAGAGGUG